AUGGCUAUACUAUGCGAGUCACUCUGCCCGCAGGGGACUCAGAGGAUUCGCCUUCGCGAUGUACCGUACGGCAACGUUGACCUCUUAGCCGAUUCAAGAAUAGUAAGGGCAUAUCCCAUCUUCCUGGAGAUGUCACUAUACAACCAUGUCAUUAUUAUCGGCUUAGGAGCAAUGACCUAUCUCACUCCCAUAAUUGGCAAGACAGGACGGGAGGCAGCGAGAGCCGUGCGCCACCAAGACCUAAAAAGGCUUCAAGAGGGCGGAGAUUGGGACAGACCGGACUUUGACUCACAAUUUAUCAGAGUAUAUUCUUAUCUACGUGAACAAUUAAACGAAGCCGGCUGGUUGGACGACUUAUAUGACGGUGCCAAAGGUGAGCACUCUCACCAUUAG